AUGUUAAGAAGCGUUUUGAGGGAAUCAAUUGAAGAGCAGAGCGAAAUGGGUAUGGUCAGCAGUUGCAGACUGAUCGUAUUAGGUGUAACGUUUAUAUUGGUUGUUGGUGCGUUAUGCUUAACGAUUGGUGCCUUAUUGACACCUCAGUGGCAAGUCGUUUUCAUAUCCGAAUUUCAUACGGAACAUCAACACGGUCUUUGGAUGGAUUGUAUCAUUGGUAAGAAACAUGUUGCCGGUAUCUCAGGGCAUACUCUUCACUGUACAUAUAAAUUUGAGAGCGCAUUAGAGAGCGAUAUUCAACGUGAUAUGCAUGAAGAAGGUGAACAACAGCACAAGUUUCAUGAUUGGCAUAAAGCAGUUUUAAGUCUUCUGUUGGCUGCAGUACUAGCAGGAUUUACAGCAUUCUGCUUCUUGGUAUGCGCUGCAUGUGUGCGCAUCUCAGCUCUGGUCGCCAAUGUUUUACUUCUCAUCGCAGCCAUAUUAUCAACGGUUGGUCUCGUGGUCUUCUUUAUCUUUUCGCAUAAAGUGGAUUUCCGAUUCGUGCACGGUAUUACACGAACCUACGAGCAAAGUCGUGGUUACUCAUUUUGGUUAGCAGUCUCAUCAUCAUUAUGCUAUUUGCUUGCAUUCACGUUCAGUGUCACAACUACAGUGCUUAUUUUUGUGCAUGAUCGACACCAACACCGUUCUAAUAAGACGUUUCCAAAACACAAUACGGCCGUUUGA